UGGUGGAGGCAGCAGCUUGGUCUUGCUCCAGUGGGUUGUCCAGAGAGUGAUUCCCGUUUCCCCUCARGCUGCCUCUCAUUAGCAUGAAUCGGGGGAAGGGCAUAAAAGACUCCGGUUCGUUUUGAGUCUGGAAAAACUUCACUCCGAAAUGACAACCCGAGUGUUGUGGCUCCUCUGCUUUGUCAUUAGAUCAUCUUCUGGAUCCCUUCCCUAUGCUGAGAAACCCAGCCAGGCUCUCAGCAAAGAUGUUUUUAGCUCAGCAGCUGCUGCUCACAGCCAGGUGAAAGYGCCAGCCCGGGGCACGGGCAGUGCCAGUGGGAAUUCCAGGGAAYUCCAGCUCCUGGCAAUGCCAAAGCCCCCGGGAAUCUCCUCCCUCGUGUCGGACAAGAAGAAACGCRCUGAGCUUUCCCUGGAAAACAGCACCGGGCUGAGGAAGCAGCUCCAGCAGCACGGAGGGGUGGUGGAACUGCAGAGCCCGGGCGAGGGGGGCUCUCCUGCUGUCCCAGAGUCCGGCCAGGAGAACAGGAGGCACACGGACCGGCGGCUGGCCGAGGCUGCCAACAGCGUCUGGGCUCGCUCCCUGCACCUCRCACCUGCCCAGACAAAGGUGCUGGCCCUGCUGGAAGCUCAUCCUUCACAAAAUGAUCCCAGCACGCUGCACCUCUUCAACCGGCCAGGGAAGGCAAUGCCCUACAAACAGCCCGAGCCCUUUGUGAGGAUCCCCAAACCCUCGUGGCUCACCAACCGCUGGGCACCCGGCUCCGUGUCCCAGGGAGUGCCCAGGGCAGGUGGGGACCAGGACAAGGCGUGUCUGAGCGAGUGCAGGAAGGAGCGCGAUGAGGAGGAGGCUUUCUGUGCCAGUGAGUUUGCAGUGAAUGGAAUUGUUUAUAACCUGGAAAGCCUGGGGAAUGGARUCCACUGGGUCACCCUCUUGGUGGAUGUGGAUGGAUUGUACAAAAUGAGUCGCCUGUAUGUCACUCCUGACGCCGCCUUCUUCCGAGUUCACAUCCUCGUUGUGGACACUUUAAACUGCAGCAAACCGUGUCCAGACUUUAAACUCGGCAGCAGGUACAUCGUGAUGGGGCACAUCUACCACAAGCGUUGGCAGGUACCCACUGAGCUGCUGCCAGCCCUGCGCGGGCGCCUGCGGCCUGGGGACGGCUGGCUGGGGAGCAGCGGCAGCUAYGCCAGGAGAUUCAACAGGAAAAGGGACCUCAGGGUGCGGGCAGCACGCUCCAAGUGUCCCUAAAUCUCCAGGAGCUCCGUCCAGGAUGUGGGAGCAGCKGGAUCACCCUCAGAGCACACCUGGCUCCCGCCUGGAAACGCCAUCCAACAGCGGCUCUUGUGCUUCAGCAAACGCUGGGUGCCUUGCCCGGGAGCUCAGCACAGGCUGGGCAGCCUUAACUGGCCAGGAAUUUACUCCAGCUGCUUUCAGAGCCGCAGGUUGUUGUAGCUACAGGUUAUUGUAGCUGCAGGUUGUUGUAGCUUCCCCCGCUGCAGCGCGCCCCAACAAUCUGUAGUAACCGUAACGCAAAAUUCCGGCAGCUCCGCGCUCAGUACACAACAACUGCACUUUGAACUCUUCACCUUGAACACAUCAGAUGAUAGCGCAGCUUUAUCCACACAGGAUGUUCACUGUGCUUUCACAGCUCUGCCUAAAGUAUCACAUGCAUUCGAUUUCAGRGAAACCAACAGCACUAAGCACCAUUUGUAUUAUUUUUGCCUCCUCAACCGUGUCCAUGCUACUUCUGAAAAUUACACCAUUCUUCCAGCAGAGCUGGAGGUUCACACAGAGCAUACAGAAUAGAGUGAAAUAAUUUGAGURUAUGAACACGCUGACUGAAAGCAAAUCAAGAAUUGCACAACACAAAUGCCCAGUUGGGUUCACAAGUGAYGGCGCAGGGAAUGCAAAAUGAGCAGGGGCUGCACACACUGGGCGUGCCUGGGUACACUGACACCUCAUCCCAGAGCUGUGCUGAAUGCCAUUCCCCAGGAGAAACACUGCCAAGCUUGGACUUGCACUUCUUAAAUCAAAAAGAUAAUSUUUUAGUACCUUUAAUGAGGUGGAAUUGAGAUGUUUGUUGUUUCCAGUCAGCAUUUGCAGGUAAUAAGUCUGUAAAAGAAACUAAUAAAAUGUUCAUGAGGUUCUGCUUUCACUGGGUCUCCUGGGUUCUGGAAGACCCAAAACGCUUAUGUAAUGAUAUUACACAAAGGYAUCUCCUUGUUUGACAAGUUGGCUGGGGAUUUGAUACAUAUUUAUAUCACAAAAUGUAAAAAAUGCAGUACAGCUCRAACCACACAUAUACAGU